AUGAAGGGUCAAGGAAAGUGGAAGAGCACCAAAAGGAAAAAGGACAGUGGAAAAUUGCAGAAGUACAGGUUGUCAGUGGAUGACUUCGUUCAAAGCAACGGUGGCUGUGAUGCAGGGGAGGAUGAGCGUGGGCUGAGGUUUGUCAAAAAGAAAAGCAGAAAAGAGUUGCGUAAAGAAAAGCGACAUCUGAAAAAGGCAAAAAUGAAACGUCACUAUGAGGGCAAAAAGAAUCUCGAUUUACUCCACGGUGCUGGUGAAAACUCGGGAGUACCAGCUGAUAAACCACAGCAACAGAGGAGGAAGGUGAAGGAUGAAGCAAAAAGAGAACAGACGAAAACAAAGCAAAGCAAAGUUGCUCCAGAGAAAUCAGAGAAUCCUAAAACACAGCCAGCUUCCAAGAAAGGAAAGAAAACAACUAAGCUCCAAGAAACUAGAAAAAUGGCUCUUUUGGAGGCAAACGAAGCAGAAGACAGAGAAAUAAAAAAGCUAGAGCGGUGCCUGGGGUUAAACAAAAGGAAAAACAAGAAGACUCUACCGCAGUCUUUUGCAGCGGAUGGGCUCGAUUACAUCCUCGGUGUGCUUGACUCGGGGUCGUCAGCUGUGGGAGUGUAUGACAGUGAUGAUGACAUGGACACGGCCAAAGAGAACUUAAAGAGGCUUGACAGAAGCGACACUCAAAUGUCGGGUGAAGAGGAGGAAUCAGGCGAUGAGUUUGCAAAUGAAAGUGGUGAUGAAGACCUGGGUUUAACAGAUGAGGAAAAUGAGGUUGAUGAGGAUGAUGAGGGUGAGGAUGAUGACGAAAUGGUUGAUGAUGAGGAAGAGGGAAUGGAGGAGGACGAGGAUGAGCUGGAUGAGAGUGAUGCAGCAGACUCGGGUGAUGAAAGUGAAGGAGGAGCAGAAUCACAAACAGACGCUGGCAACUCAAAGAGCGAGACUGUCACAUCUACUACAGGCAAGUAUGUGCCGCCACACCUGCGUGCCACUGGAGAUGAUAAACGCAAAGCCGAGCUUGAAAAGCUGAAGAGGAAUGUGAAAGGCCUGGUGAACAGGCUGAGCGAGCCCAACAUGGCGUUCAUCACGGGUCAGCUAGAGGAUCUGUACAUGAGCACCAGCAGGAAGGACAUGAACGACACCCUGACAGAGCUGCUCCUAGCCGCCUGCGUCACCCCGACCCUGAUGCCUGACAGGCUACUGAUGGAGCACGUCCUGCUGGUCAGCAUCCUCCAUCAUGCAGUGGGACUGGAGGUUGGAGCCCAUUUCCUGGAAACUGUUGUGCGAAGGUUUGCCGAGGUGUACAAGAACCCAGGGGAGAGCAAAGAGUGUGACAACCUGGUGGCCAUUGUGGCUCACCUUUAUAACUUCCAGGUGGUGCAUUCCCUCCUCAUCUUUGACAUCCUAAAGCUGAUGGUGGCAGCUUUUACAGAAAAGGACAUCGAGAUGGUUUUGUUUGUGCUGAGGAAUGUUGGCUUCGGCCUGCGGAAAGACGACGCUCUGGCUCUCAAGGAGCUCAUUUCUGACGCCCAGCGCAAAGCCAAUGAAGUGGGAUCACAGUUUAAGGAUCAAACCAGGGUGCGUUUCAUGUUGGAAACCAUGCUGGCUUUGAAAAAUAAUGAUAUGCGGAAGAUUCCAGGCUAUGAUCCAGAGCCCGUGGAGAGACUGAGGAAGCUGCAAAGAACUCUGAUCCACCAGAGUGCGGGAGGAAGUGACUUGAAACUGAGGGUCUCUCUGGAGAAUCUGCUGGCAGCGGAUCAGGUGGGCCGCUGGUGGAUCGUCGGCUCCUCCUGGAGCGGAGCGCCCAUGAUCAGCAACCAAGAGAACACGACCUCACAACAGAGCACCACUGAGGGAAAGUUCAGUGCUAAAGUGUUGGACCUGGCCAGGAAACAGAGGAUGAACACAGAGGUCAGGAGAAACAUCUUCUGUGUGAUUAUGACCAGCGAGGACUACCUGGACGCCUUUGAGAAGCUCUUAAGGAUGGGCCUGAAGGACCAGCAGGAGAGAGAGAUUGUCCAUGUUCUGAUGGACUGCUGUCUGCAGGAGAAAACCUUCAAUCCUUUCUACGCUGUCCUGGGAGAGAAAUUCUGCUCCCACGAUCGCCGCUUCCAGAUGACGUUCCAGUUCAGCCUGUGGGACAAGUUCAAGGAACUGUCAACUCUUCCCAGCAGCACCUUCAGCAACCUGGUGCAGCUUGUUACCCGCUUCCUCCAGAGGAAGUGCCACUCUCUCUCCAUACUCAAAGUAAUAGAGUUUGGGGAACUGGAUAAGCCCAAGGUGCGUUUCUUGCGCCAGGUGCUGACCAAACUACUAAAGGAAACCGAGCCCGAGGACUUAGCCAGCAUAUUUGGAAGGAUUUCAGGAAUUCCCAAGCUAGGAAUGCUGAGGGAGGGCUUGAAGCUUUUCAUCAGCCACUUCCUGCUGAAGAAUGCCCAGGCGCAGGGAGCAGCUGAGCAAGCAGCGCUGCUGUCCGAGCGCGCCCAGGUCGCCACCAGAGCCAUGGAGGCCAAAGAGGCCAAGCUCAAACUGUAAAAAAAAAACACACACACUCACACCCCAGAAGAAAUACUAUGAAACAAAACUGUGGAACAAGAGAAGGCUUGUUGGAGUGAAAUGACUGUGAAUACAAAGAACACAAGUCUACUGUUUACUUGGAGAAGAAAAAAAUGUUUUGAACGUCAUUGAUACAUUUGUUAUGGAGAUUUUCAAAUCUGGAAGAUCGCACAGAUGCCUUCAAAGAAAUACCAGACUCAUCACUAUGUAUAUUAUUUUAUAUUUAGAUGAGGUUAAAUGCAAUGCAUAUUGGUGCAAGGGUUUCAUUAUUGUGUAAUAAUAAUUAAUGACAAAAUCGGUAAGACAGUUUAAUGACAGUGAUAAUUCUGUUUCAAAUAUGCCAAAUACAUCUGCCAUGCUGGUAUUUGUAUAUUUGUACAUUUUUCAGGGAUCAAAUGCUGAAAAGUAUUGUACAUGUAUCAUAAAAAGGCUUUAACUGUAACAAAUAAAUGACACAUUUUUUCAGUAUUGAAGUUGUUGUCAUAAAGGCAGCAAUAAAUCUCAGACUUUUUGCCUAGUCAUUUGA